AUGCAAUCACUUUCACCUUGUUCUGUCGUAAUUACCGGUCAAUUAGGAUUUGGAGGAUGUGGGUCCCCAAGACAAAAAUCUUCCUUUAAUAACUCAUCUCCAACAACAACUACCUCUCAUCAAAAAUCAUCUCGCAUCGUUCAAUCCUUUUUAUCUUCAGUUUUACAAUUGGCUUCAAGUACGAACUCUACUGUAGAAUUUACAAAACGUGAAUUCACAAAGUCGCAGGUCGAUAAAUCGAAUCCAAAAUCUUUAUUAUCAGAAAUGUUAAAAAAACAUAUCGAAAACAAGGAAAUUAAUAGAGGAAAACCUAUAAUAAUAAAAAAGCAAACAGAUCUUACUAUCGCGACAGAUACGAAUAAUGACUUUGGAAUCUCAAAUGAUGCGAUCACAACUAAUAACGAAAUUAAUAAUACAAAAAAAGUUUUGAAAUUUGGUAAUUGUCCGUUGGUAGUUCGUGAAAAAUCUUCAACGCAAGUGAAUGAUGAAUCUUCAAAAAAACCUGAUGUAUUCACUGAUGAAUCUUUAAAAGUAACUUCGACAACGGUGAUUCGUCGUUUUUCACCAUUACCUGUAACAUCUCAACUUGAAGAAGAAGAAGAUGAUGAUGAGUCAGAAUGUGAUAUAUGUGAUGAAUAUGAAGAAGAUUCUGACAAAGUAGAAUAUGAUGAAAAUUAUAUAGAAAAUUACUUUAAAGAAUCUUUGACUCAAAAUAAUGUAACAUCGACGUAUACAAAUACUUUGACAACAGAAUUGGCUGAUGGAAAACCCAUCACUCCCACCAUAGCUUCAACGACAUCUCCUACUUCAUGUCAUUCUACUACAUCAUAUUAUUCAACUGCCAUAUCAAUAUUUACGCCAACUAAUAACGCAUCAACUUAUAAUUAUAAAUCAAAGUCAUUACCUUUUCCACCAAGAAGUGGUAUUCUCGUAAAUAGGCAACCAGGAAAUUUACGAAAAAAAGGAAUUCCUAUCCCACUAUCAAAUACAAAUAAUCAUCAUUUUGAUCUUGGUAGUAAAAGUCAUCAUUAUGGUAGUAGGGAUAAAUUUCAUCAUAAACGAAAACUUUGUCGUCGCCAUAGUCAUAAUAGUGGUGAAAAAAAUAUCAAUUUGGAUUUGGAAAGGAUGAAAGAUGAUGAUAUAUUAUUUUGGCCAAUAUCAACUUAA